AUGUUAAGGGUCUCGAUUGAAUCCCUCUGGCGUAAAGUGCCUACAGAAUUUUCGGCUCAUUUCUGCCAAAGAUCGUACCAUUUACGCACAAUGCAAAGCGAUCACCAUGAAAAUCAUGGUGCACGAGAUCAUCAGAAGAGGCGUUGGAAUGGGAACAAACGAUCACAAAAUUCAGGACCUAAAUCGAAGAAAAGUAAGAGCUCAAAGAAUGUUGUAGGAGUUGAUGUUUUACUACACGAUGUUGUCGCAUUAUUAGAAGCUCAGAAACUUCGAGAUGAUUCGGGGCAAACACGCUCUGAAGAUGAUCUUAUCACUUCAGAGACAUCCAACACAGAUAUACAGACGUCAAAAACUCCAGAUAACACGGAGGCCUCUCUGUCGCCUCAAUCGAGCCUACCAAAACCUUUCACUGAAAUUGACGUCGAGGUCAAAGAGAUUUCGUCAACUGGAGACGGUCUCGCCAUACACCCUGAGUCUAAACGAAUAUAUGUAGUCCCGUUCUCAGUGCCUGGCGAUUUAAUUAGAGCGAAGGUGAUUAAGCACUUUAAUGAAGAAGAAUACUCGACAGCAGACUUUAUAUCCGUAGUCAAGGCAGGUCCACUGCGAGAUGAUAGUCGCGUUCAAUGCAAAUACUUCAGUACUUGCUCUGGCUGCCAAUUUCAGAUGCUAGACUAUGAAGACCAACUUCGGCAUAAGAAAACAAUCGUCGAGAAAGCAUACAUGAAUUUCUCACAACUUCCAAAAGAAAUGAUACCACCAGUUGAUAUGACAAUUGGCAGUCCCUUACAGUAUGGAUAUCGUACAAAGCUUACUCCACACUUCGAUGCACCCAAAGGUUAUAUCAGCAAGGCCGACAAACUGAGGGGUGUUAAAAAUCAUUUUAAGGGAGUACCCAAAAUUGGGUUCAACGCCAAAGGCGCAAGCUACACGCUCGACAUCGAAGACUGUCCAAUUGGUACAGAUGCAGUAAGAAUGGGCAUGAAAAGAGAAAGGCUGCGAGUUGCCAGUGAGCUUGAGAAAUAUACUAAAGGUGCGACAAUACUCCUCAGGGAAAGCACGCUCCGACUCCCAAAAAAUGAGACAAACAUUUCGAAAACCCUACCAGAUACUAUAAAGACAAUUGAGUCUAACCAUAUCGACUUCAAAUCUUGUGUAACAGAAAAUAGAGCCAUGACAACGGAAUAUGUUGACAACUUUAUUUUUACUAAUAUAGCCAAUGAGUUUUUUCAAAAUAACAACUCCAUAUUAUCACCUUUUACACAGUACAUUCGAGACCAUAUCAUGCCUCCUCCCUCAAAUCAGGUAAAAAUAAAGAAUUUAAUUGACGCCUACUCCGGGUCUGGCCUAUUUACGAUAACUCUUUCGUCACUUUUUGAAAGCUCAAUAGGUAUCGAUGUCUCGGCCGCUUCCAUAUCCUCUGCAACCGACAACGCUCGUCAGAACAAUCUUCCAACAUCUCAAGCAAAUUUUAUGGCAGCUGAUGCAGCAACGCUUUUCAAAGAGAUAACAUACGACCCAGAUGAAACAGUCGUACUCAUUGAUCCUUCGCGGAAAGGUUGCGAUGAAGCGUUCUUAAGCCAACUAUUGAAAUUUUUUCCGAGAAGAAUUGUGUACGUUAGCUGUAACGUUCAUACACAAGCCAGAGAUGUGGGAAUUAUUGUGGCUGGGUUAGAAAAAAAUUCAGGAGAAGAAAUAGAAAGUAAAAAGUACGAUAUUGAGAGUUUAGUGGGAUUUGACUUCUUUCCACAAACGAGUCAUGUUGAAGGCGUUGCGGUCUUAAAUCGAGUCGAUAAAGACGAGGAGAAUAGCAAAUUAUUAUAG